AUGUGUGAUAUAAUUAGUUCACUUUAUUCGAUCCAUAAAGAGAAUACAAUUCAUAGAGAUUUACAUUCUGGAAAUAUAUUAACUAUACAACCUGAAAAUACUUUUCACGUUGGUGAUCUCGGGUUUUGUGGACCAGCCAAUAAACCAGAAAAUAGUAUAUAUGGAAAUCUUCCUUAUAUAGCACCAGAAAUUAUUUGUGGAAAAGAAAGUACUUUUGCAUCUGAUAUUUAUAGUAUUGCGAUGCUAAUGUGGGAAGUUUCAUCUGGUCAACCACCUUUUAUUAAUUUUGAACACGAUUGUGAUUUAGCAUUGAAGAUAAUAAAUGGGAUGAGACCAAAAGUAAUGCCAGGAACUCCUUUAAGGUAUAAAAAAUUAAUGGAACAAUGUUGGAAUGCAAAUCCAGCAGAAAGACCCGACAUUUGGUAUCUCAAGGAUGAAAUUGCGGAAAUUCGAAAAUUACACUAUCAAAAUGAAAAUAAUGAACAGCAGAUAGAUGAUAUAUGUGCAACAAAUAAUUAUACAGAUUCUGGUUCUAUUAAUUCAUUAGUUAGGAAAGUUAGUAAAUUUCACAUUUUUGAAAAUUUACAUGAACCAAAAAAUGCUACUGAAGAAGAACAAGAAGCUUAUCAUAGUAUGCAACAAAACUUAAGCAUUCCAAGUAGUAAGUUUAUACAUUGUAUAUUAAGAAAUUUACUUUAUUUUCAAAUAAUUAUACUUAUUUUUGUUUUAGAAAUUGAAGAUAUUAUAUCUGAGCAAACUGAACAUCAAAUUGAACCAAAUAAUUCUACAGCAAUCAAUAAAGAAGUAAAAGGCAAAUCUAAAAGAAAUAAUUUUAAUGAUGACGAUAAAGACGAUGUAAAUCAUAAUAUCAAGUCUAAAAAAAUAAAAUUAUCAAAUAAUAAAGAAUUCCAAUAUAUACAAAAACGUUAUAUUGCAAAUGAUGAUGUGGAAGAAGAUGAAAUUACCAACAAUGCAAACCUUCAUUCAGAAGAUCAAGAAAAUUUAGAAAUUCCGGAAGAUGGAUUUUGAAUUAACGAAAAUCCGUUAGAUAAUCCAG